AUGAAGUUCAAGGCGUUUCUCACGGACAACGGCGUGGCCCUCCUCGAGAAGCGGUUCCUGCCGGCGCUGGACAAGAUCGACCGGACGUGCCACCUCUACCUCACCAGGGACCACGCCGUCUUCCUCCACAACCUCCUCAACGGCGACGGCCUCCAGUCCGUCGCGCAGUUCCGCGUCGAGGCCCUCUUCGACGGCUACCGCAUCUCCAGCCAGAACGACGACCGCAUCGCCUUCGCCAUCGACCUCUCCCUCCUCCACCGCGCCAUCCGCAGCAGCGUCGGCAUCUGCAACGAGCUCGCCGCCGCCGCCGCCAACGCCGCCGGAGGAUCGGACUCCGAGCGGCUCCAGAUAAAGCUGGUGAAGAAGUUGCCGGCGAACAGCACCCAGCCGAUGCCCUUCCUCACCUUCGAGACGAAGGGCUACAAAUCCGCGGUCGUCCAGGACGUGCCGAUCUCGAAGCCGAUGUCUAGGGCUCAGGUCUCGGAGCUCCAGUCGGCGCUCGACUCGGCUCAGGCGCUCCCCAAGACGCUCGUCCAGGUUCACGACCUGAACCAGCUGCAGAGCUUCGUGGACAGGAUGAGGCACGUCGGGGAUGUGCUGAACGUCUCGAUCAGCAAGCACGGAGACCUGCACUUGCAAAUCUCGACCACUCUGAUCACCCUGGGCGCGGAGUUCCGGAAGAUGCUGGUCCUCGGGGAGCGAGCCGAGGCUCCCGCGGAGGACCGGAGCCUGAGCGCGCAGGCCAGGUCCGAGAGGGCGGUCUCGAGAGGCGACGCCGAGGCCGUGCAGGUGAGCGUGAAGCACUUCGCCAAGAGUCUCCAGCUUCACAUGGCGAAGCCGGAUUGCGCCUUCUACGGGAUCGCGGAGCAGGGCGCAUGCUUGACCGUGAUCUUCCAGUUCUUCAUACCAGGGACGCGGCAAACAGACAAGUCGAUCAGCUUGCACUGCAGGCUUCCUGUACUUGACCCUGGCACUAAUUGAAACGCCAGAAACUAAUUCAUCACUCAAUCCUCCAUUAGUGUAUGAUUCGGAACUGUCGAAUACAAAUUGAUAUCUUGGCAUGAACGCCAGAAUCGGUUCAUCAUUCAAUUCUCCAUUUUUAAAUCUUACAAGUCCUCAUCUUCACGAUA